AUGUUCUCCCGCCUGGAUCAUGAUGGCAGCGGCACCAUCACCUUAGCCGAGAUCAUGGAGGCGACGGAAGAGGACCAGAUUAUGCUCAAGAAGUUCUUGACCCUGGACAGCCCAUUGGAGAUUUUUUGCAUGCUAGACAUCGAUAACUCCGGGCAGCUGAACAUUGAGGAGUUUUGCGAGGGUGUCAUGGAGCAUGUGACAUCGGACCGCUCGGUGGAGUUCAAACGCAUCGACAAGAACUUCAAGCAGCUGAGGAAAGAAGUGAGGGAGCUGCAGUUGUCCGUGGACAAGGUGGCGAGCAUCGCGUUGAAGGCUAGCGGCUCUGGAACCGGGUCGCAGCAGUUGAGCCCUGUAGCGCUGACGAAGAAGAAGAGGGAUGUCAAAUUCAACGAAGAAAACGAUCAGAACGAGAUGCCAAGGGACUCGGAGCCCGUGACCGAGCCCGAGCCGCCGGAGCCGCAGCAGCCGACGGCAGAGCCUGCCUCGGAGUCGCCGCUUUGGGCCACGGAGACAUGA